AUGUACUGUAUAGUAUUAUUCUGUUUUAUCUUCGUUGUCGAACAUUUCCAAGCUGCGGCGGGAAGUCCUGCUAUACAUGUACUAUUCGAUAGGUUAUUGAGAGAUGAACCCAUACCUCAACCUGUUGUUUGGGAUGAAGUGGGAAAACUAAAUGAUGUAGAAAGAGGAAUAACUGAUUUCAGAGAAAAUGAAAAGAUACUAAAGAGCAUGAUAAAUAGCAUUACUAAGAACCAACAGAAAAAACGUAAAGCGAUCAGAAACUAUAUCAAGUGUAAAAGUAAACAACAACAACAAGAAUCCUACAAUUUAUUUCUCAAAGGAAAGAAGUCUAAUGAAAAAAAUAAAGUUUGCAAUCUACUUGAGACAUUCCCUGAAGCAGAUAUUCAGGUUUUGAAUCAAUUAAUUUCUCGGAAAUAUGAUAUUUUAUGGAAAUGGAACAAAGCAUUAUGUAAGUACAGGGGGAGGAUCGUGGAUGCACACUGCUGAGGAGUCCUACAAUAAGACGAAACGGCUGUCUAGUGUUUCCAGGUUUUCCAUGGUGAUCUAGCUUUAACUGACUAAUGAUCUUAACCACUGAAAUUAAUAAAAUAUUGUAUAUCUUUUAUAAAGAAACUAUUCAGAAGAUAAUUUGAAAUGUACCAAAUCCUUAGAUUCAUACACAUACAAACAGUUUAUCAAAUAUUCAUAGAUUGUGAAGAAAUUCAAUCAAUUAUGUGAAUUUGAAAACAUUUAUGAGCAAUUUAUGUGACUUAAUAAGAAUAAGUAAACAGUCAAUUGCUUCGAGUUAAUCUCAUUGUUUACAGAACGAUAGAUCAAUCAUUAAUAUGUAUUUCACUGUAUAAAAUAAUGAUUUGUACUUCCUUUAACAUUUCAGUUAACUACGAAUUUGCUUCGAAAAAUAUUGUACACACACUAACUUUGUUACAAAAGAUGUAUAACAACUUGUAAUAAAAUGCUGUUUGAAAAUGUCCAUCACAAAUAUUCAUCACACUAGUUCAAUCGUAUUUAUUCGGAGAUCCUGUUGAAGAUCCUGUAUUGACAUUUAAAUAAUUGCCUUAUCAAUCGAGUUUAAAUAAAAACCAAGUUUGUU